GUUGGCAGUGGUGAACACAGGGCUCCGUGAUGUUCUUUGUCACUAAUGUUUACUAGACAGAGAUGGAGCUCCGAAACAAGUAAACAUGGCGCCGUGUGAGCAACCAUAUCAUUUUAGUGUGUAAUUUACACGCAGUAUCUUUUGGAUUUAUCUCAAACUUUGUAGAAAACCAUACAGAUAAGUGAAACAGUUUGAUAUACCUUCCUUGUGAGUAACCAAAACAUCAAUUGAAACUCAAGUGCCAACGCAUUAUCGUGAUUUCUGGAAGGUUUUGUGGAUUUUUGAACUCGUCAGAGGUGCAUACGGAUUUUUUUACUAUAUUUUGACAUGUGCUUUUAAUAGCAACAUAAUGGAGUGCCCUUUGGAUGGAUAUUCACUGGUGUAAACAUGAGCAAGGUGUGAUUUUGAGUAGGAGUAACUUCCUACAGUGAACAAGUUGUACUCAGCGAUGGAAAGCACCGUUGAUAGUUACUUGCACAAAAAAUUCAAGAAACAAUUAAACUACGAACCACGAAACAAAAAUGAGAUUAACAAUGGGCCCAAACAAGCGGAACAGAAUCAAGAGAAGAAAACGCUACCCUUGGAAAACAGUCAUCAAGUGAAAAAUUCGUCUUGUCGGACAGACAAUACUCUUACAGUGCCAAAUACAAGUACAAAUGUAGUAAACGACAGUUUAAACGUCAGAAAUGACAUUACAAUCUUGAGGAUACAUGAAUCAACCAGUAAAUAUGACUGUUCGAACGUAGCAAAUGACAGUUUAGGUUAUAGUGCUGACAGUUUAAACGAUAACAAGUCUUCCAUAUCAUUAGAGAAUCCUGUAGUCACUUUACAAUCGCAUAACAUAUCGUACGUUUCAAAUAUUCACAGGUAUGAAGUUAAUUUUGAUACAAAGUUUAGCUGUUCUGAUGUUGUUAGUAACUCCCAUGGACAAAAGUCUUCCAUUUUAGAUACUAACUUGUAUAAGUACAACUACGUGAAGUCUGAUGAUAAUGUAUCACCAGAAAGGGAACAAAAUAAUCAAGAAAUCGAAAAGAAAUCAGAAGAAACACAUACCCAACCUGAUAAAAGUACUGGUGGGAAAUAUGUAUGUAACUACUGUAAUUUGGCUUGUUCCAAGCCAAGUGUCCUGCAGAAACACAUCCGGGCACACACUAACGAAAGGCCAUACCCUUGUGUCAGUUGUGGGUUCAGCUUCAAGACAAGAUCUAACUUAUACAAGCAUUGUAGAUCCAGAACACACGCAAAUAGGGUAUUGGGUAGCAAGGCACGUGGUGAAGUUAUUGGCGAAGAGCAAGAAUCGAAUGCUUUCGAAGCCCUUCCAAGUAAUGAACAACAAAAUAAUGAGAUAACAGAACGUCCAGUGGACUACAAAACUAAAUUGUAUAAGCCAAGGUUCCACACUGCUUCUAAAUUAUUCUAUGAGCAUGUUUCUAAAGAAAACAUUGAAGAUGAGAACAAGCAAAUUGAUCACAGUGACUCCGAUAUCUUAUCACAUCAUAUCAAUGAACUUAUUACCAAAAAUAAUUCAAAAGUGAAUUCUAACGAAUCAUAUCUUUUAAAGAGAAAACUAGAUGAGUAUAACAGUGAAUAUGCACAAGCGCCUCAAAGAGUUUUCACUAGAGAUAAUGAAGGGUUGAAAGUUGCCGAUGAACCCCUAAACCUGACAAACAAAGUGAGGAAAAGAUGUAUGAGUGAGGCCGUGGAGUCCAAGAGUUUAAUAAAAGAAAUUCUGUUGAAGAACUUAGCUUCAGACAUGCAGUGCCCUCAUUGCAAAAUGAUUUUUCAAACUGUGACCGAGUUGGAACUGCAUAAACUGAGAAAUUGCAAAGGUUUUGUUGCACCGGGUGCAAAGUAUGCCAGGAGCAGUUCUGUCAAUGUAGCAUCAAUACUUACUCAAAAUAAGAAUGCCUUCGAUAGUAUGCCUCAAAUGCAAGCAGUUUUUCCUCUCAAAUCUCCAGGACCAUUUUUAGGGAAAACAAGAUUGGUGGAAAGUGACAAAACUAAAUCUUUUUCAUUUGAUGAUGGUCUUCCCAAUAUCUCGAUGUAUCCAAAGGCUAAAGAAAUGAUAACGUCAAAAUAUUUGCUUACACCUUCAUCACUCCAGAAUGACACAGAGAAAAAGGCCCCAGUUAAACUGUUUGGGGGUGAAUUGAAGAUAUCGGAAAAUGUGGACGAUAGCAAGCGUUUUCAAAUUGAGAAUAAUAGUGAUGGCUUCGAAUCAACCUCCAAUUUCAUGAAUUAUGGUGGAAAAAUGAGCGAAAAUAGAGUUAUAAAGAGUAGUUUGCAUUCUGGUGGAACAGUAUUGACUAACAAGGGCAAUUUUGAUGGGGAUCAUUUGAACAAUGUACAAAAUGUGAUGAGGAUGUAUGAUACUUCACCAGAUUCACCGGGUGUAGAUAUGGGAAAUAGGAGGGUCGGAUUCAACUCUUCACAUGUGAACGAACGAAAAAAACCACCAGAUUUGGUGAUAACAUUUUCAAGUGAAGAAAUUAACUCUCCUAGUCCAUCAUACAUGAAGUAUACAAAUAUUCUUGAUUUUAGUCAGAAUGCUGUUAAACUAUUGACACCUAAUAUAAAACAACCAAAUUUAUUGAUUCCUGGAUUACCUGUUCCUAAUAAGUUUACAUACCCAACACCAGAUAAUCCCCAGCCGUUGAAAAUUGAAGUUGACAUGGAUAGUUAUGCCCCUCAAAAUUUAACGAGGAGUAAUUAUCAAGAGAAAACAUCAACACCAGACAGUUCAAAACCCUUGCAUAAAAAAUUUCAGUUCCCUUCACAAGAAAUAGAAUCUCAACCUAGUAAUAUGUACAACCCAAUGAAUAUUGUGGUGAAUGGUAAAGUUGUAAGAUAUGUGCCGGGUAUGCCUGGUCCAGUGGUUGCUGAGUCCCCCAUAGAUUCCUCAUAUAUGAGAGGUAAUAUUGUUUCUUCGACACCUGUUAAAAUAUCCCCAAGUUUAUCUAGAACAACUCCUGAGGUAGAAAUAUCGAUAGAAAAAGAACGUAAUAUUGAAGAAAGCAAAAGAAUACCUCCACUCUCUGUAUCGAAGCUGGUAAAGCCACCAGUGAUGGAAAAAUUGGAGAUAAAGACAACUGAUUCACCUACGAAGAGCUUUGAAUCGCCUGAAAUGAGAUCUCCUGUUAUCAAAUUGAGUGAGAUGAAAUCUCCUGUGAAAGUAACUUCAGCAGAAUCAAAAAAAUUCGCUCGGCCUAAUAGUUUAGCAUUGAAACCGACUUCAGCAUCAAUGAAACAACAUCAUGGGUUGACACCAACUUUAUUGAAUCAAAUUCUGAUAUCUCCUGAUACGCCGAGAGUUGCCAAGAAGUAUGUACAGCAGUAUCUCAAUGGGAACUACUUCAGUUACUUGGGGUUGAAAUCCACAACGAGGCCUGUUUAUUGUACCCUGAAUAAAACCCAACCUUCGUAUGUACCACACUUCAAGAAACUGAGCAUGUAUUCUGAGUGGAGACAGCAAGAUACGAAAACGGAAAAAUUUUAUGCUACAGGUUAUGACUCAAGACAGAAAUCUUCAAGGUACACUGUGGCUGGACCAAAAAAUUCAGACUUGAUGGCCCACUCAAGUUACAAGUUCUCUCAACCGGAUUCAAUAAUAGAUAAGGAUGAAAACCAGAAACCUACUCCUGUGUCAGGUGGCUACGAGUGUAAUGAUGAUUAUACUUAUAUAAGGGGAAGAGGACGCGGCAGGUAUGUUUGCGAACAAUGUGGAAUAAGAUGUAAAAAACCUUCUAUGUUGAAAAAACAUAUACGUACACAUUCCAAUGAUAGACCUUACACUUGUAGUCAUUGUAAUUUUAGUUUCAAAACGAAAGGUAAUCUAACGAAACAUAUGAAGAGUAAAGCUCAUACUAAAAAUUCCACAAGUGUAGGAUCAAAUUCCUCGACACAGCAAAGCGGAACGCCUAGCUCAGAAUCGGAAACAGACGACAGCGGAAUGGAUAGUAGUGAUGAAUCAACAAGACAGCAAGAGCAUGAAGCCGCAUACGGGUUACUUUCCUUAUCCCAAAAGUCCACACACAAUAUGACCACCAACUCGUUUUCUCCAAUCCCAACCAGUGCUUUAGCCGUUCAGUCGCCACAUCAGGUCAAAAUCGACGUCGCCAAUAGAAUAAUGAACACAGAAGAAAUAGCCUUUGUUACCAAGACAAAUUACGCGAAAAACAAGUGUCUGGAGCAACCAACCGUCUUAAAAUUGAACAUCAAGGAUAUUUCCAUAUCGGUUCCCGAAGAAAAAAAAUUGAACGAGGUUAAUAGUAUGACGAUGAUGUUGGGGAAAUCUGGUGAGAACAGACCGUUGACUUAUCCUUAUGUAAUGUCGGACGUGGUGUUGGAUGAACCAAUGAGUGUUAGUUCGGAGAACACAGACAAUUCAAGUAGAUACGAAGCCAAAAGUCCAGAAUCUUCAGAGCCGAAGUGCAUAACACAGUUUCAUGUUAUACAACGGUAUGCUGCAAAUGAAACAGAAUGUACUUCGAAGGAAGUCCCAAAGGAAGUUGCCCCCUCCGAACCUUCGUUUUCCAAGGAAAGGUUGCAUCCUGUUGGUUAUCCGUCGGAGAACAACGAGAGAAGUGUAAUUGUCACUCAGAGAGUCGUGAGUAGUUCUUAUAACCAUGACAAGCCAUUACCGUCAAUAAAAGCCGUUGAUAAUGUCGUGAUCAAUGGGACUUUCAAGGAAUCUAGGAAAAGAAAAAUAUUGGAUGAGGCCGAGUUCAAUCCAAGAGUGCAGAAACUAGAUGGAGCCAUUGAUUUAUCCGUCAAUGCUGUACAGAAGAAAUCUGGUGCCAGUAUAAGUCUAAAAUUAAACAAUGAUGGUAGUGAGAUAAACUAUGAACUUAAUUAUAACAAAAAUAACCAUCAUGAACCUAGGACAUUGAAUGAACAAGUUCCUCAAAAUUUAUCUCCUAGAGAGAAUUCAAAAUUAUCCGCAUUGGAAUAUAAGAAUAAUGAGUAUAACGCACAGUACCCUAAAGUUAAUGGAAAUGUUCUAAUUUUGAAAAAUGUGGGUAUGUCCAAUGAAGAUUCCAAUGGAGUGAAUUCUAAUUUGAAUGUGAAUUAUAUUGUUGAAACCCCAUCAGUCACAGUAACCAAGUCUGAUUCUCCAAAGUUAUUUGGAGAUUUUGACAAUAGUGCGAUGGAAACGUUGGCAGAUAUUGCAACGAAACAAGUGAAACUAGAAAAAAAUGCUAUGGCGAAAAGUGUAGCCUCAGAAUAUCUGAAGUUAGCAACAAAAAAUGAAUUUUCAGCUGGUGAGAAUGAAAUGUUUCAACCUAUGAGUAAAGAAGUCAAUGACUUGAUCGUGAAACCAGAAGGCAGUAAGAGCUGCACUAUAUGCUCGAAAAGUUUCAGCAAGCCUUCACAACUCCGGUUGCAUAUGAAUGUCCACUACUUGGAAAGGCCUUUCCGAUGUGAACCCUGUUCUGUUAGUUUCCGAACUAAAGGACACCUACAGAAACAUGAGAGAAGUGCUAGUCAUCAUAACAAAUUAUCAUCUUCGCCCGCUCAGUCGUCGUCUGAGCCUCGCCCUUUUAAGUGUACAGACUGUAAUAUUGCUUUCCGUAUACAUGGACAUCUAGCGAAACAUCUCCGGUCCAAAAUGCACAUCAUGAAACUUGAAUGUUUAGCCAAAAUACCGUUUGGGCUGUACGCUGAGCUAGAACGAUCGAAUAGCUUGCUUACAGAAAUAAACACAGCAGAUGGGGACCAAUGUCUAGACAGCUUGAGGACUUUAGCGAAGAAAGUCUUCAUGAAUGACCCAGCCAAACUGAAAAAUUUAGUAAAAUCACCUGUGGUAGUAGAAACUGAGUAAUUUGAAUUAUUUUUUAGACGAAUUUCGCAAGACUGAAAUGAUAUAGAGAAAAAUCUUUACAUUUUAUAAUAGUUAUUUUAAUGUUGCUUGACUACACAAACAUUUUUAAACCUAUUCUUAACGAUGGGAUCUUUAUUCUGAUGUGUCAAACAAUUUAUGUGAUAUAUGAAAUUGGUUUCAUAGAAUUUUUUUGGUUAGUCGGUAUCUUUUUUCUCAUUAGAAUUUGGCUGGUUACAAAGUUUCAAUAAUUUGUAGAGGAAGCGAAUUAGUGCCAUGUAAUAUUUCAUUAUAGAGGAAGUUAUGAAUGAAUUUUCACUAGAGAAUGUGCAUAUAAGUGUUUGUAAAUAAUUGAGGGCAGAAUUGGAAUUUUUUUGUUAUAUAAUUUUUUGUGGUUUUUUCAGUAAUUUUGUAACCAGUCCGCAUAAGCCAUAAUCGAAUUGGUUAUAAUGGAAGAUGAUUUUAUUGAUCUUAAUUAAGAUUGCCAUUCUGUAAUUAUUAUUUGACCUACAUUUAGGUAACUUAUGAAUUUAGUUUCAGGUUAAGUUUCAUAAAAUAUUGUAAUGCUGUUGCAGGUACAACAUGUUUCAUUUAUUUCUCCUGUAAAUAUAUAUAUGUUAAUAUUAAUUUCUAAGUACAACUGUGCAACUGUUUAUAUUGUUUUAUUUGUUAAAAGAAGUACAAGACUCCUUGUUAAUAAAUAUUUUGUUUGAUU